AUGCGGAAGCGUCGGACGUACACGGUGUGCAGCGGCUGCAGCGGCUGGGUCUUCGACUGGGAGCUCCAGCGCUCGGGCGGAUGGUGCAACAAGUGCGACAAUUACAUCACGGGCUGGCGCUUUCGGCAAGGCAAAGAGAAGGUGGACCUCGGGCCUCUCAUCGCGAAGGAUCAGAAGCCGUCGGAGGUGCCCAAGUCGCAGGCAUUGCGUCAGGCGAUCAGCAAGCUGGACCAGAAGAAGGCAGCGUUGGGGAAAGCGGCGUCCCAGCUCAUGGAGGCAGAGCGUUGGCUCAAGCUGGCGCAGGAGAAGCACGACAAGGCGCUGGAGGAGGCCGCGGAUGCUGAGGAGGAGCACGAGCAGACCUUGCGGGCGUACUCCAACUCGGCGAUCCCAGCGGCAGGGCGAUCCCAGCGGCAAGCGGCAGCGGAGGACGAGGCCGCAACAUGGAAGGCGCCAGCUGUGGACCCCGACCUCUUCGCCAACCUGGAGGAUUACGAAGCUGAGGAUAAAGAAAAGCUAUUCAGGUUCAAGUCGGACAUGGAGGCCCUCGCUUCACUGCUGAAGAAGGCGAAGAAGCAAUACACGGGCUUCACGGAGGCGAAGAAGCAGGCGGACGCGAUCCACGCGUCUCACAAGGCCAAGAAGCGCAAGGAGAUCCAGCAGCGGAAGGAAAGACUCGACAGGCUCAGGAGCGAUGCGAAGACCAAGGCAGGUGGCAAGAUCGAGUGUGGCCCAAAGACCCACAAGUACAUCAACGAGGAGGGCACCGACAUGUAUAUCAUCAUGAUGUGCGAGACGCACAUACCACACGACAAGCUGAAGCAGGUGAAGGUGGACGUGGCUAAGAACGGCUGGAAGAUGACGGGCACAGCGGCGGUGCCUACCAAGCGCUUGGAACUAGGUAACCUUGGGGGUGAGAUCAUCUUGGCCAAGUCCCACAUCGCCUGCUCGACGUACGACACAAUCCGCGAACGAUUACAAGUUGAGGGGAAAAAGGACCCCUUCUACGGUUUCGCGGCAGUCAACCUCCAUACUAAGGCGGGGAACGUGGUUUUGAUAUCUGCAUAUUGGCGUCCAGGCGCCGGUAUGCAUGGAGUUAAUCAAGAACGAGUGCGCUCACUGGCAGGCUUUGUGAAGGCGAUGGCGGACCCAUGGGUGAUCCUCGCAGAUUGGAACGUGCCGUUCGAAGACAUCACCAAGACGGGUUUCGUCCAGCAGAUUGGGGGCGCGCUCAUCAAGCCAGAUGUGGAGGUCACAUGCGACAAGGGGAAAGGCAGCCUCAUAGAUUACGGCAUCACUAGGACGGACUACGUCGACAAGGUAAAGCUGCAGGCCGUCAGGAAGGCGUUCCAGGAGCAGACGACGAUAGAAGAAGAGGCUGAGAGGCAGAAGGAAAAGCCGUACUACAUCACAGACGAGAUUUGGACUCAGACACUGGCAUCAGGAAUUCGCGAUUGUGAGCUUUCGGACGAGCUCAAGUCCUGGGACGGCGACCUCAUUAUACGUGGACAGCGGCAUUGGUCGGCAGAAGCUGCGACCACCAGGAUGUGCGCGGAGUGGGUCACAUGCUUAGAGGAGUCGGCUAUCAUCACGGACGAGAUCGCAGAAGAAGAAGCGGACCUAUACCGUGGACGCGCAGGAGGCUUCGAAGUAAAGUGGGUAAAAGCUCGAUCGACACCAGGGAGAACGCACUUGAAGUUCGGGCCAGCGGAGCAUUGGGGCAUCCUGAACGCGAUCCUAGUACGUUACCACGCCCUCCACACCAACGGUACCGAUGGCAGGCAGCGGGCAAAGUGCUUAGCAGACGCGAAGACGCAGAGCAGGGCCCUGCAGGACAUGGAUCAGUCCCUCGAAUUUGGUAAGAAGUACGGAGAGGCGUCACAGCAGAUGUUCUACGAGAUGCUGGGGGACCUGGCCGACCUGGACGACGGGCAGAUCAAGAACCUG